UUUCAAACCAUCUGCUCAUUCUCAAAAAAAAGAAAAAGGGAAGAAGAUAUGGAGAAAAGCAAGUGGCAACAUGCAGAUGCUACUAUUUUAGAGCCUAAAGUUAAGAAGCACUUUGUGCUUGUUCACGCGGCAUGCUAUGGAGCCUGGUCCUGGUACAAGAUUGUGGCACUGCUGAGAUCUUCAGGGCAUAAUGUCACAGCUCUGGACUUGGCUGCUUCAGGAAUCAACCCGAAACAGACCUUCGAAGUUCCACUUUUUUCUGAUUACUUGAUUCCCCUAAUGAAGUUCAUGGCUUCUCUUCCUGCACAUGAAAAAGUGGUUCUUGUAGGCUAUAGCUAUGGUGGACUCGCCAUUUCUAAAGCCAUGGAAACCUUUCCAGAAAAGAUUUCGGUUGCUGUAUUUGUCACUGCUCAUAUGCCUGGUCCAAAUAUCAAUGUUGCCACAAUCUACACUGAGUUAUUCAAGUCAAUAUCUCAGCCUGAUAAUCGUAUUAUAUACGAUAAUGGGCCUACAAAUCCUCCAACCACCUACAUCCUAGGUCCAAAGUACAUGGAAACUGAUGUUUACCAGCGGAGCCCAACUCAGGAUUUGGCGUUGGCCUCUACACUAGUAAGGCCAAUAAACUUUUACAGUCUGGAAGAUGUUUCUAAGGAGAUAGUUAUUACAAGCAAAAGGUAUGGAUCAGUUAGGCGAGCGUUCAUUGUUGCUGUUGAAGAUAAACUUUUGAAGAAGGAAUUUCAACAUUUGAUGAUUGAAAAGAAUCCACCAGAUGAAGUGAAAGAGAUCCAGGGCUCUGACACAAUGAUCAUGAUGUCUAAGCCGCAACAACUUUUUACUACUCUUGUGAGCAUUGCUAACAAGUAUACCUAAGAUCGAGCUGUUGAUUAAGAAGAGUAAGUGUGAGAAUAAAACUUCAGUCAGUUAACAUAUAUGAUGCAUUUAUAUGACUAUCUUAAUUCUUCCAUAUAAGUUCUACAGAGCUAGUUAAUUUGAUAUUUCAGUUGUUAUUUCCUUUCAUUGUAAUUUCGGUAUUUGGAAUUGACAUCAAUAAACAACCUUUAUGUCCUGUAACUA